AGAGCGGGGCGGGGGCGGCGGCGCUUUGUUACCGGCCCGGGGGAAGCAGCGCGCGUCUCGCCGCACGGCGCGGCCUCGGCGGGAAGAGGGGUAGCGGCUCACGGCCUCCAUCCAUCCAUCCAUUCCUCCGUCCCUCCGCGGUAGAUGUUGCUGAAACCGUGUGUCAGCUGCAGCCUGCAUGUCCGCCCUGGGUGGAGCGUUCUCCUUUGUCGAGCUGGGAGCCGUUCUCCUGCCUCAGCCGAGCAGAAGAGGAGCUAGCGAGGAGAAGGAAGCGAGCUGGAGUUGAUGCGGGAGAAGUUCGUGUGCAGGAGAGUCUGGAUUUCUGGCUUCUUGGAGAAACAGUAGAAAAUGCAAAACGAAAUAAUAAAGCCUGCUAAAUACUUCUCGGAAGUGGAGAAGAGUGUGCUGCUUGCUCUAGUGGAGAAGUACAGAUACGUACUUGAAUGUAAAAAAAGUGAUGCGAGGACUAUUGCUCUGAAACAACGCACCUGGCAAGCAUUAGCACAUGAAUAUAACUCACAGCCCAGUGUAUCUCUGCGAGACUUCAAACAGUUAAAGAAAUGCUGGGAAAAUAUCAAGGCACGGACAAAAAAGAUAAUGGCACAUGAAAGGCGGGAGAAGGUAAAAAGCAUUAGUCCACUUAUAAAUACUCACAUCAUAGGGAAGGAGAAGAUUGCCAGCAUAAUGCCUGAGCAAAUAUACUUUUUGCAGAGCCCACCAGAAGAAGAUUCUGAAUAUCAGCCUGAUGCUUCUAGUCAAGAGUCAUUUGUUGUCUCAAAUAGAGAACUUUGUGAUGAAGAGAAAGAGCUGAUACAUUUCCCAGUGUGUGAAGGUACCUCCCAGCCUGAGCCUUCGUGUUCUGAUGUCAGAAUAGCAGCAGAUAAGAACUACAGAAGCAAAGCAUCUCAGGAAAGUGCUCUGAAAAAGAUGCAUGAGGAAGAACAUCAUCAGCAAAUGUCAAUUUUGCAACUGCAGUUAAUCCAAAUGAAUGAAGUUCACGUGGCAAAAAUACAACAAAUAGAAAGAGAGUGUGAGAUGGCUGAAGAGGAACACAGAAUAAAAAUGGAAGUGCUAAAUAAAAAGAAAAUGUAUUGGGAGAGAAAAUUGCAGACCAUCACAAAAGAGUGGCCUGUAUCAUCCUUUAACAGACCCUUUCCUAAUUCACCGUAGAACAGAAAGUGGCAGAAUUAAUCUGACUGAGCACAUUUAUAAGUAAUGCACACUGGAAAGAUGGUUUUUUAAUGUGAAUGUACAGUGGCAGAAUAGGUGCCCAGCUGAUAGUGAACACACUUUGAUUCUUAACAUUUAUGGCAACAGUGGUAGAGCCUACCAAGGGAAAACAGUUUGACUGUGGGUAAUUCUGACCUGUGUAACUUCCCCUUGCAGAAUACCCUGGCAUCCUUUUGAAAUUCAGGGUAUUCUGGGCAGUCAUACGUUGAGUAUUCUUUAAAAAAAAAAAAAAGGUUUUGAACAUCUGGUUACAGUAUUUAUUUUGAUUUCUGUCUCUUCAUGUUUGUCUUUUCCUGAAUGAAGGCAGGGGUUAGAAUUGCUCUCUCCUAUUGAGAGAAAAGGUGAUUAACAGUGAUGCUCAGAUUGUUACACUGGGGCACAGAAAAACAAAACAGAACUUGUCCUUGGUUAAUAUACAGUCCCUAAACCAUUCUUUGUAGAGGAUGUGAAAAUGAAGGAAGUAGCAAAAGGAGCACUGUGGUAAUUGAGUGCUUUGCUUGUGAAGAACAACAGUGAUGUUUUCUAGCUGGCUGGCGGGCUGAGAGAGUGGUUUGUGGAGUGGCCCUCGUGUUCCCUUAUGAAGUUGUAAAGAAGGUGACUUCUUCCCCAAAAGCCACUUGUCCUCUCCUUUCCAGGACUAUCUUGUAGUCAAGUAGAAUGCUGAAAUAGGAGGGAUGCUUGCUGCUGCCAAUGCUGUGUGCUGCUCCCUUGGAGUCAUUGUGAGGGGAAAGGCUACUUAAUUAUUCAUACAGCUCUCAAAAUGUGGCAAGUCACCUAACCCACUGGCAAAAUCUGCCUUUGUUUCCCCAUGACAUACUUGAUGGUUUAGCAGCUAACUAGCUACAAAAGAGGCUAAGUAAGACUUGUUAUCUUUUCCAAAGUUUUGAGUGAGAAGCAGUGCAAGGGGGGUCAUUCCUGUCUUGGAGCGCUGUUUUAUUCUGUUGUGUGUGUUAAGGUGAUGUAUUUCUUGCCUUUGCUGUCACUGAGGAGUGAUGGACCUAAUUUGUACAAAAACAUUCCCAUGAAAGCCCCCACAGACGGGGGCCAAGAAUAGUAGAUGGUAGGAAAGCACAAAUAAAGAUAAUCCUUCCUCCAGCAAUUGAUUGUUCUGGUGGUGCAAGGAUUAAGAGAUGUGAAACACAGAACUCCACAAAGAUUCAUUCGUAAGAUUUUCUGAUGUGUGAAAAACUGUUUUGUAGGAAGGUGUACAGAAAUCAUUUGAAGUGGUGAGAAAAAAUGAACAAAGGCAUAAAUUUUCAGUGAAAAUCCCAAGUAUUCCAUUGUUCUAAAGUAUUUUCAGGUCACAGUGAAUAAAGGCACAUCCAGACAAAUAAACUUAUUCAAGUUGAGGUUUGGUACAAAACAUCCUUUCAUUCCCAGCUGCACUCCUAUUUCUUUCCUGGAUGUUCUUUUGGUGCAAUUUGUUUUGGUAUUGGUUUUGGAUUUUUUAGUGGGUGGUUUUCUUUUCCUCUUUUGAACUGCUUUCCCUGCUGGUGAUUCAUCUUUGCAAGCACUGCCAUUAUCAACCACAAUGCUCACAGUGGUUAACACUGUGGUACAUGCAUUGCUCCCUUCAACAUGCAAAGCAAGCACAAUGGGAAUGAUUUAUUGCAACUUAUUUUAUUUGACAGAGGGGAGUAAAAAAAUAAAGGAGCUGCUGCAGUAUUUUAAAGGGGAAAAAAAAAAAAAAAAAAAAAAAAAGGAUGAUGGAUGAAAUCUGAAGGCAUAUUUCUUUUUCUUGUCAGGAAAAUCAGUUUUCUUAUGAAUUGGCUGUGUGGAAGAAGCACAGGACUUCCAAAAGAGGAGAUAAUUAUGGACACUUUUUAUUCUGCUGAAUGGAAACAUUACUGUGAGGUAGGACAAUGAUGUAGAACGAUAGUGGAGGCAAAGAAAAGAAGUGAAUGGUAGUGAGAACCUUCGUAUCCUGAGGUUGUAAUAUGUAACCUGGAAGGUGAAUCAGUUACUUGAGUGGUUAUGGCAAUUGAUUAGGCACUAUCCAGAAAAGGAAUAUGACAUUUCUGAUUCCUUCCACACUCCUCCUAAGUGAAAGUUGUUUGAAACUCUGGCAUUGAAACCAUGUGCGCUAAGGUGUCAAAAGAUGACAAAUGGAGACAAUUCCUGUACUGUGAAAAGAGCAGAAAUGGAGAGACAAUUCAGACCUAGACAGCAUGAGGUAAUCCAGAAAGUAUCUCAUGGUACUUGAGAUAAAGGUAGUCCUGACUCCUAACAGUUAUAACGUUCCUCACAAAAGAUUGUUUUAUUUUUGUAUUAAAGUCAUUUGAAGUAUGCAUGUUUUCAGACUGUACUAAGUGGGAAAUGCUGGUGUGUAUACUUGUUCUGAACCCCGAAGUUACAGAGUUGCAGUCCUUACACUGAAAGGUAUAACCUUCAUUUCCAAAGCUGUAUUACUGGAGCAAGGGAUCUUGCUGCUUAACACAAACCCUCUCUGUGAUGCUCCUUCCUACACAGCAGGGAUGCCUUUAGCCAGGGCGACGCACCCAGCUCUCUGGUACCUUUGCAGGGGUUCACACAAGGGCAGGCAUCACUCAGCACUCAGUCUGCAGGACCCAGCUGUCUCAUUGCAGCCCUGCAAAAUGCUAGGUUUGGGGCUACGUUUUCCUGAGUUACACCACAUGUAGUGCAGCUGAGGAGAUAGUCCUGAAUUUUGUUGAAAGAUGAGUUAUCUUUGUGUGUUUGCAGAACUAAAUGCUAGCAGUCUCUCAAGAUAUUUUUAACCGAUUGUAGCUACAGUGGCUUUAAUAAUGGGUCCUGUUCCUUCUUCCACUCUCAUGCUUUAACGUUUCCCGUGUGUUCUGUCUGAAUUUGUGCUCAGAGCAUCAUACCUACAUGAUAACGCUGAAAUCAUUAACUCCCACACAUUAAAUACUGUUACUUUGGUGGUGGGUGAAUUACAUGGGAAUCUUAAAGUAAUAUUUUUAUUUAGGCAAGUGAGGUCCAUGACAAGUAGUCCUGUGAUUCUGUGUUUUGAGCCUGUUUGUUCAAAGUUGUUUUUAUGAUGCACUGAUUCACCUAAGGCUUUGUUUUCAUAAUUGGCUUUCACUUUUCACUUUUCACUUGAAUUUUCAUCUUCUUAAUGUUAAAUGUAAAACUCGCACAUCGCUGCUCUUCCUGAACUUUGUCUCUAGUUAGAUAUUCAGAAAUGUUUCUGUGCAAAUCAGUACUAUGUGUACUAAAAUUAAUACACUAAUAAAAUAAGCCAAGUAACAAGAUGAUAGGACAAUGUGCAGCAGCUGUUAAUAUUUAAAAAUCAUUACGAAGGGCAACUCUACAUUUAAUGGAAAGAAAGAAUACCACUUGUUGCCAUCUGUAAGCAUAGCAAAAUAAUGUCUUUAAACAAUGAAAGUAAGUUUUGAUCUCUGUAUCUGGUAUCAGAGAAUAACUUUUGAGCUGCUGAUUUAAAGGGGACUGUGCUUCAUAGGGUUUGGUGUUUGUUUUGUCACAGAAUUACACACACAGAAAAAUGCUGAUUGCCUUAAAUGCAUAUAGAAACGUGGACAGAUUUCUGGGUAAUGAAAGAAAAAACUCCUAGCUGUGACCCUGAGAAUUUUGCUGUUCUGGUGGUGAGGGGAUUAGGCAUCCCACAACAUCAUUAGUCAUGUUAAUAAGACUGAGCAAAUUAAAAACUCACAAAGCCAAAAAUAAAAUGCUGGUACAGUUACAGAGCGAGCCACAAGUGAGGACAGCUCCUGGCUGUCCUUAGAGAGAGCUCUGUCACGUCAAAGAAUUCUGCCACACAGUCUUCACUUUUCCUGUUAAAACAGCCACAGGAAAAAGAAGAAAAAAGUCAGUAAAAUAGAAUUUAGCAAAUAUCUGUUGCUUCUCCAGAAGAGCUGGCAAGACAAAAAAAUGCUACACUAUAUAAAUACUUAUAUUUAGGGAAAGAACUCUAAUGUAAUAGAAAUAGAGCACGAUAGAUUUUUAGAGAGUCCUUAAUUAAAUAAUGUGUUUUUUAAAAAAAUGUUGAUUGAGAGUGUGUGGGUUUUUUUGUUUUUUGGUUCUUUUUGUUAUUCAGUCCAACUGCAGAAUAGUUGUGUGCUUCAGUUUCUGACUGAGUAUUGGGGCACCUAAUUAAUCAAACUUGUUUGGCAACAGAGAAGUAGGUUUGCAUUCAACACAACUUGAGAUGGAUUAUAUUCCAGCAGCGUUCAGAUAUUUUUUCUCGGAUGUAAGGGGCUGUUCUUGGACGGUCCUCAAUCAGGAAUUGGCAUUGGAUCCAAUUUAGUUGUAACUCACUAUUCAUACAGUGCUAAUGAGGUGACAUAUAAGCUCUUCAUGCUCUGCAUAUAAUUUGGUCACGCACAAAACCCAUAUCUUUCCAUACAGUACACCACGAGAUGUUGUACUGAGCAACAAACAGACCUGAUGUUUCUUCUAUAUAAAGGCCUGCUAUGCAUUCUGUGCCACAGUGUAACAUGCAGGCAAAAUUUGACUUCUGUUUGGUUUUGGACUUUGAAAAUUUUGACCUGUUAUCCUCACUGAAUUUUGUUUGAAAUUCCUUUCUCCUGUUAGGCACCAGAACUGAAACUCUUGGCUUUAUAGCUUCUAAAUACCAAACCUAUGGACUGAAUUGACACACACGUGAUAAAUUCCAUUUAUUUGAAAAAAGACCUUGUACAUACUGUCACAUACUGAAACUCCAAAUGCAAACUAGGGAGGUGAUGUGAUGGAUUUGGUAUUUAAGCCAGCACUGAAAUUUUGGCAGGCUGGGAGUUAUCACUGCUGACCUAAUACAGAGGUUUGGCCUCUUGACUGCAAGAACAAUGAUGUCCAAUCCAAAUGUUGCCUUACCUCAAACUUUCUAUCUAAAAUGAGGUGUAAUAAGAAAUUCUUGCCAAAUAAAGCAACAGUAGUUUCCAAAAUGCAUUUGUUUUGAUUUGGUUUGAUUUCAAGUACUGCCUUGCCCAAGGGCUCUAAGGCUCUAAGGCUGGGCCUUAUGGUGCACACUGUUGUUGGCUGAUAGCAUUUUGAGAAUGCUUCCCACGCUGGUUUUGUUCCGAUUCUCUUGACUGUAAUGCUCUCAUCUGGCUGUACGCAGUACGAUGUGGUGAUGCUGAUGGGACCAGGGGUUCUCAAGUUGCCUGGCACCGAGUGCCUGCCUCUUUUACAAUUACCAAAUCGACUAUGGUGGAUGAAUUUGUAUGCAAACGAGGGGUCAGCAGGAACAGCCAUUUUUGCUAACCGUGUUGCGGAGGUGCCUCGUCGCACCAAGAGGGCAGCAAGUUGAAGUAUGAUUGGUAAAUUACUGUAGCGGUACUUGUAUUUCUGUCUCAGCCAAUUGCAACAAAUCCUUCUGGGUUAAAUCUUGCUUUUACUCCUCUCAUAGAUUGAUCAAUUAGUUGUUUGUUUCCAUUGUACAUUUACACAGUCUCUCUGAAGCCAACAGAUUUCUGUAGGUUGCUGUGGGUUUGAUAGAGAAGUCUACAUCUCAACUUUCAUUCUGGUCCAAAAGUCACAGCUCUUGUGUAAAUCUGGCACAAACGCAUUGCCAGGGAGCAGGGCUGGAGAAGUCAGAUGUGGGAAAAAAGUGGCCGAGGUCUGCACCCUUCUCCUACACAACUUGGGGUUAAGUGUCCAAAGCUCAAUGGUACAGCAAACUUGAUCUGCAAACUCUCACAGUGUAAAAAGUAUGGGUGUAGUAACUGCAGGGGGUUAUUUUGGUGAUCUUUAAAAAUGAUAAGCAAUUUAAAAAAUAUAGAUUGUACAUUGACGUCUUCCAAAUCGUGGGACAGACUGAAAUUAUACCUUGUCAAAUGUUCAACUACCAAGAGCAAUAAAUUACCACAGCUUCAGUCUGAUGGGUUCAGUUUUCUGUUAGGAAUUGGUUAACCAGUACAGGAAACGCAUCAUACAGACACGCUCACCCAUUCUGUGUAAAAUCUUUGCUACUUCCAUCAUUACUUCAAGUUCCUUAAAAAAACUAAACAUAGCUGUUGUUAAUGAAUCCCCACAUGGAUGUAUAUAAGUUAAACAAAAUGAAAAAUAGGUUUAAUAUUUUUCUACAUAUUUCAUGUUUUCCUCUAUUCGUGGUCUUUUGUGUUUAUUUUUACUUCCCUCUUUUUUUUUUUUUUUCUUUUUUUUUCUUAAGUGACUAAUGUUAAAUAAGGAGAGUUCUGAUCUUUAGGUUCUAGACAUGAGAUGUCCUGGUAUUUCAGACCAGUACUUGAAAAGGUUCCACAGAACCAGAAGGCACAGCCCUCAGAGCAUCCUCUUUGUGGUUGUAUUUCUGGACUUCAGUCGUAAUGCAUACAGCUGGCACCCAGCAGUACCAGUGUUGGAUGAUAGAUACAUUGCUUAACAGGAGCAAUCACAUUAUGGUUUUCUUUAACUUUAUUUCUCCUGGAAUGGCUCUUGUUGCUACAUAAGAACCUCUUUUACAAAAAUGUAUGCAGUUUACAAAAGUAUUUUUUGCAGUACUUGAGACGGAAAAAGGCUUUAAGAGAGAAUUCAUUUCUAGAUGCGUUAUUGUCAACUGUACAAUGUACAUAAUUGUACAUCGUGUUGGCCAGGUUUGAAGAACUCUUCUUUCUCCAAGGGGAAAAAGCAACUUUUGUUUUAAUCUGGCAAUGACUCAGGGUGUUGUUAUUCAAGGUUGUUACAAGCAGUUCUCCCUCCACUGCCAUUUUUUAAUCUUGCAGAGAUUUUCCCUAUUUUGCAUGUAUAUUCCACAAGCACCUGAAUUCCUUUGGUCAUGGAGACUGUGAGGAUGUUCUCAAAAUCAAAGCAGAAUCUUUCCAUGUGUAUGCAGAAUGCUCAACAUUGCUACUAUCCAAAUGCAAAGGAAUGGGAAAUCUGAUCCCUAAACCACUGCCAGCCCCUAAAGCUUGGUAAUCUCAAGAAGAAACUUGAACCCAGGUGCCCCUUUUCGUCAUUCUUGUGUAAGUGGUUGAAAUUAGGAAACCACGCUUUAUUUACACUGUGUUGGACUUAUGCACCAUUAGUUUCUGCUGUAUUUUAGCAAUAUAUGAAACAGCAUUGUACAGUGUUUGUUCUUGUUGUCAGCGAGCAUCUACAGAGGCAAUUCUAAAAGUAAAGUAAUGCCUCCUGUUUAUUUCCAUGGAAGCUACAACAAAGAGCACAAUAACACUAUUUAUAGAGCAAAUUCGCAGCUACAAAAUACUGUUUUUCAUCACAGUCACCACCAUUAGCUAUGCAUUUUCACUAGCGAUGAACAGGAGCCUGCAUCCUGUGCUUGUAAAAAUCUGCACCAGCAGAGGUGACCCGCUGCCGCUGUCACCACUGCUCAGAUGCACCACCCACUGCCUCACUGUGCUCACAUCCACUGUUUGGUCUCCAUAAACAUUCAGCAAAUUUCAAUGAAUAUCAACGGGUACAAGUUUUUCUGAAUUUGGUCCCACACUUUUGCUUCAUAUGUACUUCCACUUGAGGCACCAUUUUGUCAGUCUGCUUCUCUGCUGCCAUCUGUCGCACAGCAACAAAAUGUAACACAGUAUUGGUGGGAAGGUUCAACCACUACUGCCAUCCUAUCAACAUCUGCCUCUGAUGCCAAUAUAAUAAAACAGGAGGCAUCAUUUUUGGAGCAGCCAUUGCAAAAGAGAGCUAGCACUUAAGUCCUGAGCAAUUUGUCCUAAGAUACUUGAAAAUGUGCACACUCCUUCUGGUGUUAAAUAUUUUAAUAGAACAUUAGAUGGUAUCUCUUGUGGUCUUUGCCUUUUAUUAGCAAGUUUCUGGGCUUGCUUUUUAAUUGCACCGAAAACUAUACAUUAUUUCAGCCCCAACUUUGGUUAAGCCAUGAGGUGAAUCGGAUUUGUCUAGCAUGGUGUCAGCCUCAGCCAUCUCACCCACCAUGAAGUGUUAGUUUAGUAUUUUAGUGCCUCAGAUUAUCAUCAGUGUUGUUCCUGUCCUGCACAGAAGUAGCUUCUGUGCAAACAAUUUUUGUUGAUUGGUUUCAUAAUUGACAACUAAAUUGGAUAAAUAACGCCCAUGGUAAGGUCUGAAUCCCAAGAAGCUUACAGUUGGUAUGCCUACGUCCUUAGAAAUGGGAAGAAUCUUUAUUUGGUAGACAUUUACUAUUUCAUAGUAAAUUCUUUGCUAUUCCUACAGAAACAGCAACUGAAAGGACACAAAAGUAGGAUUCUAAAAUGUAUAAUUUCUAAUGGUGGAGAUGUAAGAAACGCAAUAAAAUGUGACACUGGAAAAAGAGAGUCAGUAUUUGUCCAAGUAAGAGGAAUCUGCUGUAUGUCUGAAACUCAUAGAGUAUGUAAUAAGGAUGACUAACUAACUGUACAUUUUAGUGCCUUGUUUCUUGUAAAAUGUUGAAUCAUAAAUUACUAAACAUAAACUGUGAAGAGUUUCUGAGAAAAUGUAUCUAAAUAUUGCCAGUGGAAACUGUAAAUUCACAGAAAGGUCAAUAAAUCCUCAACUAUU